UCUUUAUCUUGUUCUAUUCCUAUUCCAAUUCCAUUCCAUUCCAUUCAUCCUAUUCUAUUUCUUAUUCUAUUCCUAUUCCAUGUCGUCAUUUGGCUGAAAAGGUGAGAAUCCGGGCCUUGGUUUUCAAGCCCUCCCUCAUCUUUAUCACCCCCACAAUCUUAUUUACAUCGAAAGGGGAUUGCAUUUUUGCUCAGAGCGGAAGGGCAUUCUGUCUCCUGGGCACAGACACUGGCUGGCCAAUUUCUUUGUGAUGGCUUCUGGCCUGCUGCUGCUGCUGCGCAGCCCCUCCUCCUCCUCCUCCUCCUCCUCCUCCUCCUCCAAGCCCCGCAGAGACCCAGCCUGGGAAAGCAAAGCUGGAAAGCAGCAGUAGCACUAGCCGAUUUCCAUAGCUACGCAGGAGGCAGCAAGGGGACCUGCCUUUCACAGGACGGAGGGAGGGAGCUUCACAGCUGCCCCCCUUUGCCAAGCAAGGCAACUGUUGUUCGUGGCCGCUCGGACAACAACAACAACAACACCACCGCUUCGCCUCCAGCAGAAGAUGCUGCACAGGCAUCUCCACGGCAGGUUCCAGGACCAGGGAUGAGCUGAGAAGCAGGGUGGGAGCCCCCCUCCCUUCUCCACAACAGCAUCUUCCCUGGCUGGGCUCCUCUCCUGGCCUCCCCCACGCUCAUGGCCAAGAGCUGACGGGAAGAAGAGAGCAGGUCCCGGAAUUUCCUUCCGCUGCCAGACACCAUGAUCCGCAAGAAAGCCUCGGUUCUGAGUCCGCCCGAUGCCAGCCUCCUGAUCAGCGGUGCCAAGGGCUCCUCCGGGGGCCACUUCGGCGAUGCCGGGGCCAUCCGGAACGGGGCCUCCACCGGAAGCUUCGAUGUGGAAGAGGAUGAUACGGUCUACAUUUACAGCAGAGACGGAUAUGGUUCUUCCAACAGUCCCAGAGGAAAUUACUUCAGGGAUGGGAAAACGAAGAUCGACUUCGUGCUGGUUUGGGAGGAGAAAGCCCCUCCCUCAAAGAAAAAACGUAGCAAACAUCUGCACCGUCAGGGCGAGGCGGCGGCGGGCUCAAGAGCUGGCUGGGACCAACGCUAUGGGCGGCACGAGAGAUGGAGGCGGAAAUUCCUCAAAAGUUUGAGGAACGCCGGCCUCUUGAUAGAGAAGGAGGAGACCCAGAGCGAACACAAGAGCAUCCACUACCUGAAGCUGAGCACCCCCUGGGAGGUGCUGGUGUAUUACGCCGAGGAGCUCUGCAUGCGAGCGCCUCUCCAAGCUCACCCCAAUCCAGACAGAAAUAGUUCCGACCACCUGCUUCGGAAGUUGCACAUCCCCAACAUCAUGGAUCAGAGGGUGCCUAACAAGCCUGUGGACUACUACACCUGUGCCUUCCGCAAGUCCAAGCUCGACAGGUUCCUGGGCAGCGAUUUGCACGACUCCUACUUCACCAAUACGCAAAGGCAUCGAAUCGUGUAUGAAAUCUUGGCACGGACGAUUUACGGGAAACGGAAGCACGCGGAAAUAGGCAUCGACCGUCUGCUGAACGAAGGGGUCUAUUCUGCCGCUUUCCCGCUGCACGAGGGCCCCUAUGAGCUGCCAGACUACGAAGUGCUGAAUGAAGAACUGAACCCCCGGCAGAUCCUGUACCGUUUUUGGGCCCGCUGGGCCUGCUGGUACAAGUAUCAGCCCCUUGACCACAUCCGGGAAUACUUUGGAGAGAAGGUGGCCAUCUACUUCGCCUGGCUGGGCUUCUACACAGCCUGGCUGAUCCCAGCCGCCGCCAUUGGCAGCUUUGUGUUCCUCGCCGGUCUCUUCACCAUGGAGAUGAAUGUGCCGGCGAAAGAGAUCUGCAACAGUGGGGGGGAAUUCCUCAUGUGCCCUCUGUGCGAUACUUGUGGCAACUGGAACAUCUCUGAGAUCUGCCCCAUGGCAAAGAUUGGUUACCUGUUUGACCAUCCGGGGACGGUUUUCUUCAGCAUCUUCAUGUCCUUCUGGGCUGUGACGUUUCUGGAGUACUGGAAACGGAGAAACGCCACUCUGGCUCACCACUGGGACUGCAUGGACUUCCAAGAGGAAGAGGAACGUCCUCGCCCAGAGUUUGCUGCUAUGGCCCCUUGCCUGGAACAGAACCCAAUCACGGGACUGAAGGAGCCCCAUUUCCCCAAGCACGACCGACUGUCACGAAUCCUGACUGGAUCCAUGGCUAUUGUCAUCAUGCUCUGUGUUGUGAUGAUCUUUUUGGUGUCGGUGAUCAUGUACCGUGGGAUUGUCAGCACCGCAAUGUACCACACCGGGAACCGAGUUCUGAUGACGCAGGCAGGUAACAUUGCGAAUAUCAGCAGCUCCAUGGUGAACUUGGUGCUCAUCCUUCUUAUGAGCCAAGUCUACACCUCCUUGGCCGAUAAACUUACCAGAUGGGAAAUGCACCGGACUCAAACGCAGCACGAGGAUGCCUUCACCUUCAAAGUUUUCAUUUUCCAGUUUGUGAACUUCUAUUCGUCUCCUUUCUACGUGGCUUUCUUCAAAGGCAGCAGGUUUGUGGGCUACCCUGGUCAAUAUGGACAGCUCCUGGGCAUGAGGAACGAAGAUUGCGGUCCUGGCGGAUGUCUCAUUGAAUUGGCCCAGCAGCUGUUCAUCAUCAUGGUUGGGAAACAGAUAGCCAGCAACGUCCAGGAAUUCUUUGUUCCAAAGCUGAAGGCUUGGCACCAGAAAAGGAAGCUGGCCAAGGUGCGAGGAGGGCAGAUCUGCCAGGAGCCCAAGCGGUGGGAGGAAGACUAUGAACUAAUUCAAUGCGAAGGCCUCUUCGAGGAGUACCUGGAGAUGGUGCUCCAGUUUGGCUUCAUCACCAUUUUUGUGGCUGCUUUCCCAUUGGCCCCUCUCUUCGCCCUGCUCAACAACUGGGUCGAAAUCCGUCUGGAUGCCCAGAAAUUUGUCUGCGAGUACCGCCGACCGGUGGCUGAGCGAGCGCAGGACAUCAGCGUUUGGUUCUUCCUCCUUGAGGUCUUGGCCCAAAUCUCCGUCGUUGUCAAUGCCUUUCUCAUCGCCUUCACCUCGGACUUCCUGCCACGGCUCCUCUACCAAUAUGAGUAUGACAGCCACCUCCACGGCUACGUGAACUUCACCCUGGCUUACUCCCCACCCGCUUACGUGCUUAGCAACCAUACCAUGUGCAGGUACAAAGCCUUCCGCGAUGCUCAUGGAAACUACACCCUCUUUUACUGGAAACUUCUGGCCAUUCGCCUGGGCUUCAUCAUCGCCUUUGAGCAUGUCGUCUUUUUCUGCUUGCGCCUGAUUGAUUGGCUGGUGCCAGACAUCCCCGAAUCCCUGGAAGUCAAGAUCAAGAGGGAGCGUUACCUAGCCAAGCAGGCGCUGGCUGACAACCAGGAAGCGCUGUUGACGACGGUGAGUGACGACUCUUCUCCCACCCCAGCAAGCAGCUUUUUAUCCAGCAGUGUGAAUUAGCAAUACACAAGUGAGGUCGAAGCAUGCGCACCAGGGGCAUCCCCCGUCGAUUUUUGAUCAGGAAGCAUCUCCUCUCGACAGCAUGGACAAUGCCAGCGGGGCACGAGGGAAGCCCUUCCCUGCGGCAGUCUUUGGAAGACCCAGAAGAUUGGACUUUUUUCUGUCUUACCCUGAGAUUCUUUCUCUCUCUCUCCCUCUCUCCAUUUCUCUCUUCAUUUCUUUGUUUCCUGCUCCCAUUCCUUCCUUCACCACCCUUUCCCUCUCUCCCUCUCUCUCCACUCCUUCCCUCUCUCUCCAUUUCUCUCUCUCUCUCCCCCAUACUCCUUCUCUCUCCACUUUCCCUCUCUUUCCCUCUCCCU